CCGUCUCUUUCCUACGAGGUGAACCAGUAGAGCGGACACGCAUUGCGUGGUGCUGCAAAAAACCCUGCAAUAAUGGUUGUGCUGCAUGUGUUGUUCGAGCAUGCGGCGGGCUACGCGCUGUUCGCCGUCCGAGAGGUGGAGGAGAUCGGCAUGCUGCUGCCGCAGGUGGAGGAGAGCGUGUUGAGUCUCGGAAAGUUCAACAGCAUGGUGAGCCUGGCCGCUUUCUUCCCCUUCAAGUCGGCUCAGGCCGCCCUGGAGAACAUGAACGCCAUAUCCGAAGGUGUGGUUCAUGCAGAUCUCAAGUUGUUUUUGGAGACCAACCUCCCUUUGUCAGGAAAGAAGAAAGCUAUUUUGGGGGUUUCUGAUGCCAAAAUUGGAGCUGCUCUUCAAGAAGAAUUUACUAUUUCUAUACAGACUGGUGGGGUAGUAGCUGAGAUCACCAGAGGUGUACGUUUGCACUUCCACUCCCUGGUGAAGGGUCUGACUGCGCUGGCCGCCUCUAAGGCCCAGCUGGGUCUUGGUCACAGCUACUCCAGAGCCAAAGUCAAGUUUAACGUGAACAGGGCCGACAACAUGAUCAUACAGUCCAUUGCUCUGUUGGAUCAGCUCGACAAAGACAUCAACACUUUCUCCAUGCGUGUCCGUGAAUGGUAUGGCUACCACUUCCCAGAGCUGAUAAAGAUCGUGUCGGAGAACUCUAUGUACUGCCGUCUGGCUCAGCUCAUCGGCAACAGGAAGGAGCUCUCGGAGGAGAGUCUGGAGAGCCUGGAAGAAGUGGUGAUGGACAGCGGCAAGGCACAGGCCAUCCUGGAUGCAUCUCGUUCCUCUAUGGGGAUGGACAUUUCACCCAUUGACUUGAUCAACAUAGAGAGGUUCUCCAACCGUGUGGUGUCCCUGGCUGCCUAUAGGCUGGAGCUGCAAGAGUACCUUCGGUCUAAAAUGAGUCAGGUGGCGCCGAACCUGGCAGCCUUGAUCGGAGAAGUGGUUGGGGCCCGACUGAUCUCCCAUGCUGGCAGUUUAACCAACCUGGCCAAGUACCCAGCGUCCACUGUUCAGAUCCUGGGAGCAGAAAAGGCCCUGUUCAGAGCUUUGAAGACGCGAGGCAACACGCCCAAAUACGGCCUCAUCUUCCACUCGACCUUCAUUGGACGUGCUGCUGCGAAGAAUAAAGGCCGUAUCUCCAGAUAUCUGGCAAACAAGUGCACCAUCGCUUCACGCAUCGACUGUUUUUCUGAGGUCCCAACCAGUGUAUUUGGUGACAAAUUGCGUGGACAGGUGGAGGAACGUCUGUCCUUUUACGAGACCGGAGAGGUUCCACGGAAAAAUGUGGAUGUCAUGAAAGAGGCUGUGAAAGAGGCUUCUGAUGUAGCAUCAGAAAUCAAACGUAAACUGGAGAAGAAAGAAAAGAAGCGCAAGAAACAUAAGAAGAGGUUGCAGGAACUUGCAGCAAACGGGGAAACAAAUGGUGAAGCCGAGGUGGAGGAUGGAGAAGCCGACACACCCGUAGCAAAGAAGAAAAAGAAAAAACAAGCCGCAGAGGAGACGGAAGCUGUGGAGACUCCAGCCAAGAAGAAGAAAAAACAAAAAGCUGAGGAUGAAGAGGAAACCACAGAUAACGGGACUGAGGAAACGCAGGUUCCAGCUAAGAAAAAGAAACGAAAGACUGAAACAUUAAAUGUCGAGGCAGCAGAAGAAACUCCAGAAGCAGUCAUGUCUGAGAAGAAAAAGAAGAGAAAGACAAAUUAGUGACAGACUUUAUUUUUCUGUACAGCUUUAUAUUGUACUUAUUCGAAGCUAGUUUGUGUAAAAUCUAAAGCAGAAUAGAAUAAAUGCUUUUGAAUGUAUCUUUAAGUCAGAAUUGUGUAGAUAUUUUGUAUCAAAGUGAGAAAAACUUUUCUCUCCAGCCUUAAGGACCAUUUGUUCCUGCUCAAUUUGGAGGCUGUGCUCCUUUUAGGAUUUUGCAAAAGAACUGUUAUCUGGGAUAUCUAGAUUUAACAGCAGAAUCCUCAAAACAAUUUGAGUAAAACCCGCACUUAAAACAUAACGCUUAACCAGUCUCACAUCUGUACUUUGUAACAAAACCAGUCUAGUUUUAGAAAAGGUGUCCAGGAUGGCAAUGAACUGUUCUGGAUAAAUGUAGACAAAAGCUGCAGCAAUUUACUGUAAUGGUUUUAAAGCUGUGAUGAAUCGCCCAUGUUGCCAGCUAAUCAACUACAAGUGUUAAGUGCAGGAAUUCACUCAGUGGAUCUUGUUACUCUUAUUUGAAAAUCCCUCCAAGACACGCCUGGCCAAGAUGCCUUGUUUUUGUCAUAUUUUUGUAAUAAAACGUUAUGUUGAA